AUGGCCACGCUCAACACCUCUAGCAACGGCCCCAAUAUCACCAGGAGCUACCAGAAUGUCGUCAAUGCUCCGCCGCCAUCCGGUCCCCAGGCUGCCUCGCCCACAUACGCUCAGUGGGCCGUCUUCACAGUCGCUGCCCCGCUCGUCAGCGCAUUCCAGCACGAUGGCGGAAAAGAGAGCGUACUAAAGGUCCAAAGCACUGGCGAGGGCGAAUUGCUAGAUCUCGUAGACGAGUUUUCAGACGGUCGAGUCCAAUUUGCAUUUGUCAAAGUCAAGGACCCAAAUACGUCGCUGCCCAAGAACGUGCUGAUCGCAUGGUGCGGCGAGGGCGUCCCAGAAAGGACAAAAGGCUACUUUGGUAGCCAUCUUACCGUCGUUUCCAAGCUUCUCCGUGGAUAUCACGUUCAAGUGACCGCACGUUCCGAUGCAGACCUUACGCCGGAGAAAAUUAUUCAAAAGGUAGCUGAUGCAUCAGGUGCAAAGUACGGUGGCGGCCCAGAUAUUCCCUCUGGUGGCCCACCACCAGUCGUAGCCAAGAAGCCUGUAUUCACACCGACACAAUCAAGGGGUGGAGGCUCUGCCUUCAACCCACUUGGCCGCUCCAGGGCACCGGCCCCCAGCGGGGGUGAGGAUGCUGACGGCUGGGGUGCGGAUGCCCCGCCAGUCUCGCGCUCGCAGCUGGAGAAGGUCUCUUCAGCAUACCAACCGACCAAGGUCAACAUGGCCGAGCUUACCUCGAACAGAGACGAUUCCACCACCGCCCCAUCAUCUCACAAGGAUCGCCCAGAGGUAGUCAGAGGCGCAUAUCAGCCUGUUGGAAAAGUCGACAUAGCUGCGAUUCGAGCACAAGCAAAAGAUGCCAAGGACGAUCGCCCAACCGUGGUGAAGGGCGCAUAUGAGCCUGUUGGCAAGGUGGACAUUGCGGCCAUUCGGGCAAAGGCCCAAGCCGGACCUCAGUCCUCCGCCCUACCACCGGCGGCAACGGGAGCGUCCAACAAGGAGGAGGAGGAAGAAAGACCACGAUCGCUUGCAGAUCGGUCAGCAGCAUUCAGCUCACAGCCAGAGCGCCUCACGAGCUUGCCUAAGCCAAAGGUGGCAAACAAAUUCGCCGGUGCGAGUACGUUCACGGGCACGAAAGCGCCCACGCCUGGAGGUUUCGGUGCUGCGCCUGCCCCUCCUCCGCCCAUCGUGGGCGCAGCUAGCAAGACCUUCGCCGAUGAGGGAGGCAAGACACCAGCCCAGAUCUGGGCGGAGAAGAAGGCAGCGCGUGGCGAGGCUGUCAAGCCGGUUGCUGAUGCUGGCCGUCCGACCCCCUUGCAGAGCCAGCAAAGCGGGGGAGGUGGAUGGCAGAGCGGCUACGCAGGCAAAUCCUGGGCUCCUGUCCAAACUACCCGAACAGGCCAAUCUGCGGCCAGUAAUUUGAGCGAGCAAAGAACAGGUUCGCCUCCACGGGAGGAGCCUGCCUCACCACCAGCUGGUGCUGUUGGUUCCUUGAAAGAUCGCUUCUCGAGUGCUGCGCCCAUGGGUGCACCGUCAUCACGCCCCGCGCCAGAACCGCGAGCAUCUAGCCCUCCAGCCCUGGACACCUCAAGCAAACCCAAUGCUGGAGUCCGAGGUGUCCCAAUGCCUGGCCUGCCCACGCGACCCAAGGAGCCAGAGUCGGACGACGAGGACGUGCCCGCCGUCCAGCAUCAGCGUAUGCCUUCACCACCUCGCCAGCCACGAAGCCCAUCUCCAGAGCCGGCUGGAUCGCCAGUCCGUCUUGCUAUGCCGGUCUCGCGUGGCAAGGAACCAGAAGAGCUUUCGCCAGCGGAAGAGCAAGCACCACCUAUGCCCACACGCUCCCUGGACCAGGCAGCACAGCAGACACGUGAUCUCUCACCAGAGCCACAGGUUGAAGCCAAGGACCCCUCGCGAGCUGCUGCCGCGGGUGUUGCUGCCGCCACAUUCGGUGCGGCCGCAGUCGCUGGGGCCGCGGUCGGCGCUGCAGCAGGAUCUGGACAGGAAGAAGAGAGCGGUUCUGGAAAGCGUGCCAUUGUUCAAUACGACUACGAAAAGGCCGAGGACAACGAGGUCGAGCUCCGUGAAGGCGAGUACGUGACCGAUAUUGACAUGGUAGAUGAGGAUUGGUGGAUGGGCACCAACUCCCAGGGCGAACGCGGUCUUUUCCCAGCCAACUAUGUUGAGCUAGUUGAAGGCGAUGACAAUGGUGCUGCUGCACCACCUCUGCCUUCCCACCCGGCUGCUGCCCAGGAGCCUGAGCCUGAGCCUGCUGCCCAACCGCCACCCAGCGCUGCUGCGAGCUCUGGUCCUACCGCAACAGCCCUCUACGACUACGACGCCGCCGAGGACAAUGAACUAAGCUUUCCUGAGAACGCCACUAUUACCAAUCUGGAAUUCCCCGACGAGGAUUGGUGGCUCGGUAGCUACAAUGGCCAAUCUGGCCUCUUCCCCGCCAACUAUGUCGAAUUGAACUCAUAA